AUGGAUCUCCUGCCGCAUCCAGAUGACAUGUCUCGUUUCUCAGACUUUACCAUCUUGACGACAACUUACAAGACAGUGUCGGACCACUCCAUAACCACCGAUGUCCUCAUCCCAAAGAAGCUGAUAGAGGCCCCGGUAGCGGCGACCUCGCCAUGCCCCAUCAUACUACGCUACCAUGGCGGCGGCUUCAUCGGCGGCGCGAGUCUCUACCCCGGAUUCUUCGGGCCCUGGUAUGUGGAGCUCGCGGCCCGCCACUCGGCUGUGAUUGAGGAGACUUGCGGCCACGUUGACGUCGACACGGAUCGGAUCCUCACGGCUGGUGACAGUGCGGGAGGCUACUUGAGCAUCAUGAAGGGCUUGUCUCACGCCAAGGACAUCCGGGCUGUGACAGCCGCCUACCCUUGCGUCGACCUAGCCAACGCACACUUCAUGGAGAGGCCGAAGGUUCCGGUAUUCGGACUAACCCUGCCGCAGAGCAUCGUCGACGAUCAUUUUGAAAAGAUUCGCAGGUGCGAGGCGCCUGCACUCAUCUCCACCGACCAGACUCUCGAGAGAGGUCUCCUCAUGUUCGCCAAUCUUCAACACGGCGGGUUCCCCAAGAUGUUCCCGCUCGAGAAGAAGCAGCUUUUUCCGUUUGAAAGGUUGAGGGCUGGACAGAAGUUCCCGCGCGGUGGUGUGUUUGUAUGGCAGGGUGCCGAUGAUAGUGUUGUGCCGGCAAAAGGGAACGUCGCGUUGAAAGAGUUGGUUAGGGAGGUUGAUCCUGAGUUGGAGUUCAAUUUGACAGUUCAGCCUGGUGAGCAUGGUUUCGAUGCCAUGACGAAAAUUGAUGAAGACUGGAUGGCGGGUGGGCUAAAGAACUUGGUGAAAGCAUGGCUACAGUAA